UGAGUGAGUGGAGAGAUAGUGUUAGUGUUAGCAUGAGCCAGUGAACGAAAGACACAGAAGGACAGAAUCACAUGCUCUCCUCUCACACAGCACGCUGCUCUUCAGCAUGAACUCAGCGCUAUAGAGAGAGAGAGAGAGAGAGAGAGAGAGAGAGAGAGAGAGGUUUAAUUGUUUGUGGGUUUAAGUGUGUGUGUGUGUGUGUGUGUGUGUGUGUGUGUGUGUGGGCACAUUUGGACUAAUUACAGGACUGGAAUUGUGGAUUUAAGAGAGUCAUCAGUGAGCACAGCAAUAAUCAACCUGCGAGGGUUAGAGAGACUUACAGUAUAUCGCAGGACACGAGGAGGGACGACGAUCCGAUGGGACUGAUUAUAACUCAGUGAGUUCGGAGGCCUGAAGGUCAUGGGGUCGUUCAUGCUGGGGAAAGCGGCACCGCUGGAGCUGCUGUUAGACGCCUGUAUCACUGCGUUCGAUGAUGACGGAAAACUAAACGGUAAUCAUCUUCCCCGAACUCUCCUGCUGAUGCACCGAUGGUACGUCUCAUCUAAGGAGCUAGCGGGAAAACUCCUCAUCAUGUAUCGGGACAGUACAGGAGAUGACCGGGAGCGUAUGAGGCUGAAGAUCUGCUAUUUAAUGAGGUACUGGAUUGUAGAGUUCCCUGCUGAGUUUGAUCUGGAUCUUGGUCUGAUUCGCCUGACGGAGGAGUUUAGAGACGUAGCGGCACAGCUGGGCUGUGACCAACACCUCCGUCUGCUUGACAUCUCCACCAUCCCUUCAUAUGACUGGAUGAGGAAGCUGACGCAGAGGAAGAAGCAGGUAAAGAAAGGCAAAGCAUCACUGCUGUUCGAUCACCUGGAGCCGAUGGAGCUGGCGGAGCACCUCACCUUCCUGGAGUACAAAUCCAUCCGCAGGAUAUCAUUCACAGACUAUCAGAGUUACGUGAUGAACGGCUGUGUGAUGGAUAAUCCCACACUGGAACGUUCCAUUGCUCUGUUUAAUGGUGUGUCCCAGUGGGUUCAGCUGAUGGUCCUCAGUAAACUAACACCACAACACAGAGCUGAUGUCAUCAGCAAGUUCAUACAUGUGGCCCAGAAACUUCUACACUUGCAGAACUUCAACACACUCAUGGCGGUGGUUGGUGGUUUGAGUCACAGCUCCAUCUCACGCCUGAAAGAAACUCACGCCCACCUCAGUGCAGAUGUCACCAAGAUCUGGAGCGAGAUGACGGACCUGGUGUCGUCCAAAGGGAACUACAGUGCGUACCGUAAAGCCUACAGCGAGUGUGAGGGCUUUAAGAUCCCCAUCCUGGGUGUUCACCUGAAGGACCUGAUCGCUGUGCAUGUGGUUUUUCCCGACUGGAUCGACGAGAGUAAACUGAACCUGGUGAAAAUGCAGCAGCUCUACAUCACGUUUAAAGAGCUGAUGGUGCUGCAGAGCUCAGCAGCUCACGUGGAGCCCAACAUGGACCUCAUCAACCUGCUGACUCUUUCUCUGGAUCUCUAUUACACCGAAGACGAGAUUUAUGAGCUGUCCUUACUGAGAGAGCCACGAAACACCAAAUCUGUGCCCACGUCUCCAACCACGCCGAAUAAGACUCACGCUCCUCUGGACUGGGCUUCAGGAGUGACGACUAAACCCGAUCCUUCUGUCGUCAACAAACACAUCCGCAAAGUGGUGGACUCUGUGUUCAGAAACUACGACCACGAUCACGACGGAUACAUUUCACAGGAGGACUUCGAGAGCAUAGCGGCCAAUUUCCCCUUCCUGGAUUCAUUCUGUGUGUUAGAUAAAGAUCAGGACGGCUUGAUCAGUAAGGAUGAGAUGAUGGCGUAUUUCCUGAGAGCUAAUCCUGUGCUUCAGUGUAAAAUGGGACCAGGUUUCAUCCAUAACUUUCAGGAGAUGACGUACCUGAAGCCCACCUUCUGUGAGCACUGCGCUGGAUUCCUCUGGGGGAUUAUUAAACAAGGCUACAAGUGUAAAGAUUGUGGUGUUAAUUGUCAUAAACAGUGUCGUGAGUUGUUAGUGUUAGCGUGUCGGAGACUUCCACGUUCCCCCUCACUGUGCAGCGUCUCACCUGGAGCUCACAGCUCGUUACCCAGCAGCCCCACACUGCCCACCUCUAAAGAUGAAGACGAGGUGUUUGAGUUCCCCUCCGUGUCUCCUUCAGGGUCAGAUUUAGAGACUAACUCCAUCACUCUGGUCACUGGUUCUGCUCAGAGGAUCUCAGUGCGCUUUCAGAGAGCCACCACGAGUCAGGCCACCCAGACGGAUCCCCUGUGGCCCGAUAGCACCUGGAGCGAGUCCGGUUCUGGGUCACACACCUUCCCUAAGAUGAGGUGCAGGCCACAUCGUAAAAGCUCUAAAAAUAAAGGCUUUGCUCGCUGGGAAAACGAGACGAGUGUCCACGAGAGGAGGGAAUCACACAAGCAGCUGGAGGACGAGGGAAGGAACAGAGUGUCACCACUGCAGCACCAGUACGGCCAGGACGCCAAGAUCAGCUGACUUGGUGUCUCUGAGGGCCAGAUCAGGACUCAGGGGAGGUCUUCAGCUCCACGGCCCAGAAUGCUCUCCUCUCUGGGGUACGUUUUGAGGUGCUUCAGACCCCUGGAGUGACCCCAAAGUGUAGAAAGAGGCAAAUAAACAGAGAAACCAGAGCUGCUGCCCCGGGGUGCAGACGUUAAUGAGAGACAGUAUGACUGAAACGCUCACGUGGAUGCUGCAGAGGACUGAAGAUGAUUACACAACAUAUUGAUAUUUCUCACCAUCAUCACCAUCAUCAUCACCAUCAUCAUCAUAUUUUACUUUGUGUGUAAAGCCAAACAGUUGCCUGGAAGCAGAAAUGUGGCACAGAAGAAGCUUUUAUGGUUCUGCAGGUGUUUUGGGGUAAAAGGUGUUUUUCAGGACGCUUUUAUUUAUUCAGGGGUGGACAAAUCAGGGCUAUUACGAUCCAAACAGGCAAGAGAAAUGAACAGACUGAACCGAGUCAGACAGUAGAGCAGACUGAACCGAGUCAGAUUCAGACUCCAGGGAACAAGCGGAAUGUAGCAAGGGUGAAAGAUUUGGGGGUCAGGGUCAGAGACAGGAUUAGAGUCAGGGUCAGAGACAGGAUUAGAGUCAGAGUCAGGAUCAGAGUCAGAGACAGGGUCAGGAUUAGAGACAGAGUCAGGGUCAGAGACAGGGUCAGGAUUAGAGACAGAGUCAGAAUCAGGGUCAGGAUUAGAGACAGAGUCAGGAUUAGAGACAGAGUCAGGGUCAGAGACAGAGUCAGGGUCAGUAUUAGAGACAGAGUCAGGAUCAGGGCCAGGAUUAGAGUCAGGGUCAGAGUCAUGAUUAGAGACAGAGUCAGGUUCAUAGUCAGGUUCAGUAUUAGAGACAGAGUCAGAAUCAGGGCCAGGAUUAGAGUCAGAGAUAGAGUCAGGGUCAGAGACAGGGUAAGGAUUAGAGACAAAAUCAGAGUCAGAGACAGAGUCAGGGUCAGAGUCAUAGUCAGAGACAAGGUCAGAGACAGGGUCAGAGUCAGGGUCAGAGACAGUGUCAGGGCCAGGAUUAGAGACAGAGUCAGGGUCAGAGACAGAGUCAGGGUCAGAGACAAGUUCAGAGACAGAGUCAUGGUCAGAGACAAGGUCAGAGACAGUCAGAGUCAGGAUUAGAGACAAAGUCAGAGACAGCGUCAGGGUCAGAGAACAAUCAAAAUGUAGUGAGGGUGAAAGUGUUAGAGACAGAGUCAGAGUCAGAGUAAAGUUAUUAUAACAGUAUAUAUAUAAAUACAGUUCUAAUAUAAUUAAAAGAGAAAGUGAAAUAAUAAAUAAAUAAAUAAACAAAUAAAUAAAUAAGCUGCAGGUUUCUGACACAGUGCUGUGAGAGAAACAUAAUCAACUUCAGACUGAUAUCAGUACCUUCGCUUCAUCCCACCAUCCUGCCGUCCGUCGUUCCUUCGACAGUAAAUAAAGGACAGAGAUAAACGUGCACACAGACGUGUCCUCUGUGGUCCUGAUUUGUCCACUUCUUGGGUUAAAGGUCAUUUAGGAGGUGUUUGCUGUGUAAAAUGAGCUUCUUUAGUUUUGCACUAAAGCUACGAAGCUAGAAAGUAACGGCAUGCUAAUCCUGAAACUAUUAUCAAAUCCUUUGCUGUGUGUGUGUGUGUGUGUGUGUGUGUGUGUGUGUGUGUGUGUGUGUGUGUUUUCAUUUUGUGUCAUAUUCAGAGUUAAAACACUACAUAAGGUUUUUAGUAGAGGAGAAUUUAAGCUGAACGUGUGACAGGUUUCUGAAGUUCAUGCCAUGGUGCAGAAGGUUGGACUGAUAGACUAUAAUGUAGUGUUGGUGUUGAGUCUGAUGUUAGCGCGAUGACAUCAUCGAGUGGAGAAAAGUCAAUAACACUAAUGAUGUUUGAGCAGGAUCUCAUUAUGGACUGGAGAUGAAGGUACGGCGCUCAGAUCAGAAACCACACUCUGUCGCUCAGGAGGACGUGAUGAACAGAUCUACAGAUAAACAUAAACGAUCAGGACCUUUUAAUAUAUAUAUGAAGAUUCUUUUAUUAAAAUAAAUACAAUAUGUUAUUA